AUGGAGUCACAGCUCUUCCCCAUAUUUUGCCAAAUCGAGAUCAUGCAGUUCCAUGAAGAUCUACGGGCACUACAUGAUGAGCUAGCAGCCCCAGAUAUUGACACCAUGGUCAUAUCCAUCCCUGCCCCAUCUCACCAGGUGGAGGGUCUACAGCGAGAGACGACUCCUCCCUCGACAGUCCGUAUUAACAAGAGACGCCGUGCUCACUCUCUCAGAUCAACAAACUUUCGUGGAGAGUUCCGGUCUCACGAAUAUGCUCUUCAAACCGGCCCUCACAGAGCCCAGCGACCCUACAAAAAACGCCUCACGAGUCGCGGCGACAUCUGGUCUGAACCCGAUGGGGGCUCUUCACAACACAUCCGUCCCCCAAAGAACCUCAAUCACUCCGCUGGGCCCCGCCUGCCCACCUGUGCCCAGUGUGGCCGCCUCCAGAUCAAUCGGGAUGCGGCCAUUUGGAACGUGCUCUCCUACAAGAGUCUAUACGACAAGUACGAACCUGAGUAA